UAUAGGCACCCGGAAGUGAAGGGUGCACGCACGUUGUCAUCCUGCAUGCUCCAAGCAUGGAGUACAGUGCUCCCUAUCCUGCGCCUGUGCUUCGUCCUCCGGUAUUUACAGCUUCUCCAGAAUCCGGGCCUCCAACACCCACACAGGCUUUUGGACAGUGGCCGCCUGCUUCUCCCAACAGCCCCUGGUGUGGAGGAUGGAGUCAGUGGGGUCCCCAGCCGGGCUAUUUCCCCGGUCUGCCUCGAGGUGGGACUAAGCAGUAUGGUCAUGAAAGCCACAUGCAAUUCGGAAAUGGUUGUUAUGGAAACAAAGGGCAAAAGAAAAAACAGAAAAAAGAACCAGUCUACACACAUUACUGUGAUACAUGUGACCGAGGCUUUGGCAAUCAAGAAAAGUACAAUGAACAUAUCUCGCAACAUGUAAAGUGCCGGGAAGCAGGCUGCAGUUUCAACGCACAUGAAAAGCUGGUACAAUUUCACUGGAAAAACAUGCAUGCACCUGGAACCAAGCGAAUUAAGCUUGACACAGCAGAAGAGAUCGCCAAGUGGAGAGAAGAGAGAAGAAAAAACUACCCGACAUUGCAGAACAUUACACGAAAACAUCAGCUCCAGAAAGAAAAAGAGCAUCGAGGAGAGGUGCUGAAGACGGCUGAGUUUGGAAAAAUGAAGGGAAUGAGGACUAAUCAAACAGGCUGCUCUAAAAAUAAGCGACAAUGGAGACAAAAGCAAAGAAAAGGCAGAAAAAUGUGUAGAGGAAAUGAGAGUCAAAAGGCUGUGUUGGUGGAAACUAAAAAUGAAGAUGCCUCUGAGAAGAAAGUAAACGGUCAUAGUAGUGCGAACACUGUGAACCCUCUGGAUAUGCUGGUAGGCAGUGGCCCAGAAUCUGACAGUGGUGAAGAACAAACAAAUAAAUGUUUAACUGUCGUUCCAAGGCAGGUGACAUCCGGACUGAGUAAUCUCAUGGCUAGUUAUGGGAGUGCAUCAGACAGUGAACCUGACGAACUUCCCCUUAAGACUGUGGCUAAAGCUUUGGAAGACAACAAAAAAAUUCUUGCAAUGGAUCCACAAAAAGUAUAUCCUAAAGCGGCAAGCAUACAAACUGAACAGGCCAUUAAGACAUCACACACGGGUUCUCAAAACAGGCCACCACAUAAUGGAGGUCAGGCCAAUUCUAGACAAAACAUGUCACAGAAAUCAACCCAAGCCAGAAUUCGACCUACUCUUCUGGAAAUGCUCCUGGCACGGGAUGUACGUCAUGAAAGAAAUGUGAUUUUACAGUGCGUGAGGUACAUUUGCCAAAAUAACUUUUUUGACCGCUCACGGGAUGGCACUAAUAAUGUGAUAAAUGAACAUUCUCCAGGAAAUGCCAAAGAUUUAAGCAUUACAGAAACUAAAUCUGACCUGCAAAAUGGACAAGACGUUGUGGCUAAAGAGAAGCAUAGUCCAAAACCAUUUGUGAGGCAUUUAGAACCUUUGGACGAUGAAAUCUGGGAGACAAAUAUUGACUGUAUUGAGACAUUUGCUGUUUAAGAUAUAUUUAUAGAUUUUUUUUUUUUUUAAACUGACAUUACAUAUUUUUUUCAAUUGUAUUAUCCACCUAACGCAGUUUAAGUCAGGCCUCAGUCUUUACUAUAGAUUUUUUAUUUUUAGAAAGUGAUUGGGUAGGGUGUGCAAAUACAAGUUUUUUUUUUUUUAUCUCCCCCCCCCCCCCCCAUGUUAAUCUCCUCACCUCACUGCUUUCACAGUUCUUGCGUAUUUUAGGAUUGUCCAUAGAAGUCAUUGGAUCCAAAACAUGAGUUUGACAGACAGAAGCAGAAAAGGCAGGCGGAGGAUGUAAUCUUAAAGAGGAAGUAAAGCCUCUGAAAAAAUGUAAUAAAAAAAACACCAUGCAAAAAAAAGGCAUAAUGAGCUAGUAUGCAGAGCAUGCUUGCCUGAGAUCAAAGCCCCCACGGCGGUCCUGGUUCCCCUCCUCCGUCACCACCAUCUAUCUGAGUGACUUCCGGGUAUCGCGGCUCCGGAGCUGCAAUGACGUCACUCCCGUGCAUGCGUGGGAGCCACCGGUCACGGCACGUUCGCCGUUGGAAACUGCACGCUCAGUGUACCUGUGCCGUUGUCUAUGGCCCAUGCGCCAUAGACCUCGGUGCAUGUCUUUUUUGCAAAUAUCUUCUAAACAGUGUAGGUUUAGGAGAUAUUUCGUGCACCAACAGGUAAGCCUUAUUCUAGGCUUACCUGUAGGUAAAAGUGGUCUGUAAGGGUUUACAACCACUUUAAGUAAAACGUUUGAUACUGGAUCUAAAUAGAGGCAUCAAAUAUAGGUGGCUUUUUUUUCAUCAUACCCUUUUACCCCCCAAUUAAAAACCUGUAUACAUUUAGGUGGAGGCCUUUAAACUAAUGCUGGGAUGAGGUACAAUGUUUGUGGUACCUCCAGAAUGUAUGGUGCAACUUGUGGCAGAGCCGAUAUCUGUCUACUAGGCUUACCCCAUAAAUAAACAAGUACAACCAGCAUUGUCGUUUAGAAGCUUAACUAAUAAAAGAAAAGUCACACAGUGGUGGAACUAUAACAUUUAAUUAUAUAGUUUUGUCUGUGUACUUUUAUUGUGUAAUUCUCCAAAGUGGAGAACAAUCUAUAAGAAAAUGUAACUAGCAUCUUUUGCAUGCUGUCCUUUUCACUGCCAAGGUGUGUGACAAUAGGUAGAGAGCAUAUUAUUGUCAGAUAUAAUCAGUUCUCAUUAUUAAAAAAAGAAAUAAAAUCACA